AUGGAUACAGAAGGAAUUCUCUGUGAAGUGCUGUCGAGGUUACCGGCCAAAUCUCUUCUCCGAUCUCAAGCUGUUUCUAAGACAUGCUCCAGUUUUUCUUCAGAUAAUUUUUUCAUAAGGAAACACUCUGAACAAGCUUUAACCAUGGAUGUGCCUGGAUUCUUCAUCCAACAACACCAUCGUUGGGGCAAGAUUGAGUUGCACAUGUUACCAGGGAGCAAGGAAAAAAAGAAGAAUUUUGACGACUAUGGUGUCCCUAACACCUCCCUCGACUUCAUCUACAACACAUCCAAGAUCUUGGGAUCUCAUAACGGCCUUCUUGUGUUGAAGAAUAUGAAUGAAGAUCGCAUGGGAUUGUUCUUAUGCAACCCUGCAACAAAAAAAUGUUUCACCAUUCCAAACCCCACACCAAACAGUACUAACCACUUUUUAUGGGGUAUCCACAUAGUGUCUAACAGCACCGCUAGCGCUACCAAAGGAUUCCCAGACAACCUUGAAGUGAUCAUGAUAAAGCCAAUCGAAGAGUGGGCACCAUAUAAUAGCAUCUACAAGUACACCAUCAAUGGACAGUCAUGGGAAGAGAUGGGUGAGUUUUAUACAGGUGAUAGAAGCAUUGUAUACGAUAUGCCAGUGUAUUGCAAAGGUGCAAUACAUUUUAUUUCAGACACAUUUAGAUACUUGAGCAAGGGAAGUCCAGAUUAUAAACCCUAUAUUGUUGCUUGUGACAUUGAUAAGGGAAUAUCAUGGCGUCUCAAAUUGCCCAAAGAAGCAUCAAGAAGGUCUCAUGAUAUAACAUGUGAGAUGGGUAUCUUCAAUUGGGGAAAGUCAUUACAAUCAUCUCUUUGCUUGAUUAGGUUGAGGAAGUCAGUUUUCAUGGCUUGGGUAUUAGAUGAUUAUGAGAUGAGUUCAUGGACAUUGGUUCUGAAAACCAGGGUUCGAGCCAUGGGAUUGGAGGAACCAAACCCAGUUGUUUAUGGAUUUACUGUCAUAAAUGGGGAUUCUCUUGUGUUUGCUACUGUAGAAAGAAUUUAUCGUUGUAGAUUAAUUCUAAGUGGAGGAAGACCAAGACAAUCAGUUGAAGCCGAAGAGAUAUGUCGCCAUGACCUCGGUAGGAAUACAAGGCACUUGUGGUUGACUGGUUAUGCAAAUACUCUUCGACCUUGCGGGACUGCGGAGCAUCCAUUGCCCUCUUACUUGAAAUAG